AAGAGGCGAAGGGGGGGGGAAGGAUGGGAAGCCGUUUCUAUGGCAACCUCCCAAGCAGCGCGCGCCGGAAGCGAAGUCCGCUCGCUGGCGGAAGUGACGCGACAAGGCCGCGACGCCGGCUUCUAUGGCGGAACGAGAAAAGGCUUUGCUGUUAUGAGGCCUCUGCAUCAUCAACCCCGUCUCCUCCUGGUUGGAGAAGGAAACUUUUCCUUCUCUGCCAGUUUGUGUGAAAUGAGGGGCUGUGAGACUCACAUCGUUGCUACCUGCUAUGAGAGUGAAGAUACUGUUUCUAGACAAGCUCUUGCCAAAUCCAAUGUACAAUAUCUGAAGGACAGAGGUGCUGAAAUUCUCUUUUGUGUUGACUGCACAAAACUAAAGGAGCACUUUUUGCCAGAUGACUGGGAUUUUGAUUGCAUUUAUUUCAACUUCCCCCAUUGUGGGAGAAAAGCUGGAGUGAAAAAGAACAGGGAGCUUCUUGCCAAGUUUUUCUGUAGCUGUGCAGAGGUCCUGGCAGAGAAAGGAGAGGUCCAUGUGGCACUUUGCAGAGGGCAGGGUGGUACCCCUGCAGACCAGCCAGUGAGGGAAUGGCACAACAGCUGGCAAGUAGCUGCUAUGGCAGCAGAGGCAGGAUUUAUCUUGAGCGACGUUCAUCCAUUUAACAUCGGGGAUGCUCGUGGAUAUAAAUGUACAGGUUACAGGAGUCAGGAUAAAUCCUUCCAUGUAGAAGGAGCUUUGAAUCACGUAUUCACACAGAGUGUGCCUUUUCCAUAUUCCAAGUCUGUGAUCUGUCAAACAGAACUGGAAGGAAAGUUGGUUUACUUCCUUGUUCCAGAGAUAUUUCUAGAUAAGAUUAACAGGGGUUUCUUGGAUGUGAAUUCAGAGCAUCCUGUAAGAACAAUAAAUGAAAAACUCAUUGAUGAGCUUGGCAAGUCUUUCCCAGUUCAAAAGGUGAACUAUUCUCUUUCCUUGGUGUUUCAAGACCGCCACAACUCUCCUUCCCCUCUGGAUCCCUUUUGGGUUGUUCCUGCUGCCAACAGCAACCCAGACCCCAAGUCUGUGGUUAACAAAUCUGCAAGGGAUACAGAGGCCUUUGCCUUCCCUUCUGGCUUUCCUGGCUGUGAUGGUUCAGAUGAGGAAGACAACGUGAUCAGCUGGGAAAGAAAUUGGGUCUUUGGACAGUAUUAUCUCAGACCUUCUCUUCUAGUUUCUCUUCACAGAAUGGCACAAAACACAGAGCUUCCUCUGGGGACUUUCCUGGUCCUCAGUGGGCUGGCCUUUCCGAAAUGCAAACUCUCUGCUUAUGCUCUGCCUGUUUUUCAUGAGACCGUCUUUAUCCAUGUGGUUAAUAAGGGCUCAGAAGACACGUGUACCCAGCUCCUUGCAGAAAACCUUACAAGUGCUUUAAGUACUUUGCUCCAGCCUUCAGGUUUCAGGUUUCAAGACAGUACAGCAGAGAAGUCAGAAACACAGCUGAACACCUUUGUGACUCCUGAACCUCAGCUUCUUAAGACAAAGUAUUUUAUCACUGUGACCCCAGAUGCUUCUGACCCAGAUCCAAAGGAGCUUUGUGUAGGGACAGUAAGUACAGCUUUGUGGCAGCCAACAAACAUCAACCGAGAAAUUGUUUGUGCUUCGCUGAACCUUGACCUUCUGGCCAUGCAUUCAUGUGGAAUCUUUGACUGGCGCAUGCUCUGGACUUCCGACGAGCGUUUCCUGAAUCAGUUUGCGGCGGGGCGCUUAGGCCCUUUCAAGAGCUUUUCGCUCUACCCACCCACCUACGUGCACGACAUCAGUUUCUGGGUUCCAGAACCAGAAAGAUUUAACGAAGCCCAGCUUCACACCAUUGCUAGGUGUGUCUCUUGUGAAUCGGUUGUGUCUGUCCAACUGCUUGACAGCUUUCAGCACCCAGGCACAGCACAAACCAGCCUCUGCUACAGGGUCACUUACCAGUCUUGUGACAAAGCACUCAGUCGCCAGCAGGUGGCAGCAAUGCAGGAGAAGCUUAGGAAAGAAAUACAGCGUUGUCUGCAUGUGACUCUUAGGUAGUUCUUCAUCCUCUCUCUGCAGACAGGUUUGGCCCGAAUCCCUAAUUCAGAUUACUGUGAGGAGAAGUCUGGAUAUUACCAGUGCUUUUUUGGUAAAAAAUGAAGCGCCAGUAUUCAUACAAUGAUUAAAGUACCACAAAGUGGCACGGGCAGCCAAAAAAGCCACUGCUCCAUACCAUUGAGUACUGUCACAAAAGAAGCCCUGGACAUUAAAAUUGGCUGGGUAACUGGUGACACAUUUAACAGUGUGUGUUAUAAGCAGGUCAGCCAUAAGCCUUUCAUAAAGGCUAGGUGGGGUUCAAAGUGGCGCACAUGACACUUUCCCCCCAUUCUGCUAUUUAAGGCAAUAAACUUUAUAAACCUUGUUUUAUCUUUUGUCACUCUUAGUUGGGUUCUCCUUUUUAGAGGAGGCUCUUAGUUGCAGGCUGCUGUGAUUGCAUCUAGCUCCCACUUCAGAAGCUAAGAGAGCCUCAGCCAGUCAGGAAACAAAAACAGGCUAUAUGGACCAUUUUAUUUAGUCCCAUCUGCUCUUUAAUAACGCUUACAUUUCAUGGCAUUAUUGGAAGGCUGGAGCUGUAAACUGCAAGGUGCACAUGCUGAAGCUGUCCAGUUUGGCUGCUGAAGGAAUAACAUUUCUGAGUGGAGUUCUGGCACAGUCUUUAGGAAAAACCAUGGAAAAGUCUUUCAGACAAGCUCAUGGCAAUGCACACGGUUCACUUCUUUUCUCCCUCACAGCAACCCUGUAAGGUUGGUUAUGCUAAGAGAGGGUCACUGACCCAAGCUCACUCAGCAGGGCUUGUGGCUGAGCAGGGACUUGAACUUGGGUCUCCUGUGUCAGAAUCCAAAGUCCAGUUUCUGUGCAGGCACGUCAUACAGCGGGGGGGGGGACUUUUUGAGCUCAGGGGCCACUUUCCCUUCUGUGCAACCUUCCAGGGGCCACGUACCAGUAGUGGAUAGGGCCAGAGGCAAAAGCAGGCAGAGAAACAAAAUGUGAAUUUUGCCUUUGUGCUGUAGGCUAGUUCUACAGACAUUUGCUUCCCCACCCCUCAAUCCAGGCAAGCAAAAAUUAAUAUUGGUGUUCAAGGACAUGCUCUAACCAGGCAAAAAUGAGGGUGCAAAGC